CGUGUGUAUGUUGUUUUUUUCCCUCUUUUGACAAUAUACAUUAUACACAUGGACAUGCACAACUGAACUGCCAUUUAAGUAAGUGAGAGUGUGUAUCGAAGAUGAACACACAACAAGUCGCUAAAGGUUUUUAGGCGGAAAAGAGAAGAGUGAAUCCGAAGAGUACUAGGAAAAGAAUAUACAUACAAUUUUUUUUCUGUUGUUUCUCUCUUGUAUCGCGCGCGUAUUUGACAUACGAACGUGAAAAGAGAGGUUGUUGUGUGUUGAGUGAAGCACACACAGAGUGUGUUCAGGAGAGACAGUGACUGAGUGAGAAAGAGAGCGCGCGCGAGAGAGACUAGCAAAGAGUAGAAGCAAAUGAAGAGAAGAAGGAAAAAAAACACGCAAAAUGUAGAUAUAUUUCAAUGUAGUUCCGAAAGGGAUUGAAUGAAAGUGCAUUCGUUGUGCGAAUUGUGGUGUUCAUGUGUUUAUGUGGCUUAGAAUUUCAAAUUCUAAAAAGAUGUGACAUGUCACCACAUCAAUAACAAAAAACCAAUUCGCUACACAAAUUUUGUUACAUUCACGAAAAGAUUCUGUGUUGUGGAUUUGAAAUGCUUGCGUGUAAAUCACAUCCGUGAAAAAAAAACAAACGCAGCCUAUAGCUGCCCAUCGAAAGAGAUACAGAGAAUACAAAACACGAAGAAAAAAACGUAAAUAAAAGAAAAAGAAAAAGAAGAAGAAAAGAAAAUAGCCAAACAACUAAACCCAGCAUAGUUUAACGAAAAGUGAAAAAAAUUGAUUGAUAAUCAUCACCGCCAGCAAAAAGAAGAAGAGAAUUAAAGUCAAUUAUCCAAUAACAGUGAGAAAUCGGCCAAAUCAAAUGGCAACAAAAGAACUAGGUGAAAAUGUGAAAAUCAACAUCAUCAACGUAAACGAACCAAAGGCAACAACGUCAAAAUAUACAAGUCCAUAUCAAUAACAACAACGUAGCGGAUCAACAACAACACACUCGACAAAAAUGACCACAACGGAUAAAAGUAUGGAUGAAGAGAAAAUGGUGGCGCGAGCCAAUGAGGAGCGUGCCAAGCUAUUUCAACGUUAUGAUCAUGGCCGCGAACCAGGUGCCGAAAUCGAUGCAUGGGAAGAUCCCGGCUUUGAAAUUUAUCAUCAAACCGAUCGAUAUGGAUUCAUACACGAUAAACGAUUGCCACAGAAAACCGAUCCUAACGAAGCAAAAGCACGUGAUAUCGAAAUGGAACGCGUAAAAAAGUGGCUCAAAAUGGUCAAACAAUGGAAUAGUAAGAAAACAGCCGAACAAUUGCAUCGACGAAUUUACAAAGGCAUUCCAGAUAAACUACGGACAAUGAUAUGGCUGAAACUGUUGAAUAUCGAACAAACAAUGCAAGAAAAUAAGAAUGUAUACCAGAGAAUGUUGAAGGUGGCUCGUCAAUGGAGCACCGAAGCUCGCCAAAUCGAUUCGGAUGUAAAUCGACAGUUUCGCGAUCAUUUCAUCUAUCGCGAACGUUAUGGAAUCAAGCAGAAAAGUUUAUUCAACGUUCUCACCGCAUACAGCAUGUACAACAUGGAGGUUGGGUACUGUCAAGGCAUGUCGGGUGUGGCUGGUGUCUUAUUGAUGUAUAUGAAUGAAGAAGAAGCAUUUUGGGCGCUUAGCACGCUGUUAUCACACGAAAAAUAUGCCAUGCAUGGCCUUUACAUCGAAGGUUUUCCAAAACUAACACGAUUCCUCAAUCAUCACGAUAAAAUCAUUACGAAAUUCCUGCCAAAGCUGAAAAAGCACUUUGAUCAAUACAAUUUGGACUCGAUACUCUAUUCGUUAAAAUGGUUCUUUGUGAUUUUCAUCGAACGAAUACCAUUUAGUUUAUGCUUGCGGGUGUGGGACAUUUAUUUAUUAGAUGGUGAACGUGUGGUCACUGCCAUGGCAUACACAAUCCUACGAAUGCACAAGAAUAAAAUUCUCAAAUUGAAAGAUAUGGAUCUUAUUGUACAGUAUCUCCAGACGAAAUUGCACACUGAUUUCGGUUACGAUGAUGACUAUGUGAUCAAAAUGUUGGAGCAAUCAAUGGACGAGUUGAAACGGGCAAAGAUGGAUUUGCCACCGCCACCAGCACCCAAUGAACUACCACAAAAACCAUUUGGCGAAUUCCAAGAGCAACAUUUCGAGGCAAAGUCUGGCAUUCGAAAACCACUGUUCACAACUUCGGAGAAAGAAGUGUUGCAAACGGUAAUUUUGAAGCGCGAACAAAUGGCACAAGACGCAGCCGAAACACAGCUAACAAUGAACGGUUCAAAUGGUCACUUAAAUACCGGUAUAAAUGUUCCGGAAUCGGAGGAUGGUGGAUCGUUGCUAGGAAGCAGUCGCAAAUCAUUGGCCGAUACAUCAGUUACAUCGACGGCUGAUUUGAGUUUAUUCUCCGGCGGGCAACGAUCUCAGGCAUUUGAUAUAUGUGUGGAUGACAAUCGAAGCCUUAGUGAAGAUGAUGCAGAAAAUCAAAGUAGUUCGGGGUCGGCUUUUUGUUCGCUCAGUGUCGUUGGACGUACAACAAUGGUAACACCAACACCGCGAACAAUAUCACCGCAAGACAUUGUUCGAAUAUACGUGCCACCAGCACCGCCCGACGAGCAAAAGCAUUAUCAAAAUGUACCGAAGCUCAAAACGUCGCCAAGCACCAAAGAUUCAAAGCCAAAUAUAUCUGUAUCUGAAGCAAAUAAUAUUCAAAAACAUCCAAAUAACAAUAAUAAACUCAUAAGUAGCAAUGGAAAUGUGAGCGCAAGUCCGGAGAAAACGUCAUCGGCGCCGAGUCAAAUGGCAAUGCCAUCAGCAUCGUCAAUGGCGGCAUGGUCGUUAAAACCGCUAACGGGCCUGUCAAACGAGAGCAAUAAAAAUUCAAUUAUCUAUGGAUCGGACGAUUUGACGCCAGUACAUUGUGCAUUUAAUCAGUCGGACGAUGAUUUGGCGAAAAGUUUUGCGGACGCAUCACUCAGCACGACCAGUAACAGUCUUGGUUACAUUGGCAUCGGUGGCGCAGGUGCAUCGUCAUCAUCACGACGUGGUAGUCUCAGUCGAAAAUCACCGUCAACCGUUUUCGAAUCGAAUAUGAUAAUGGAAUGUACACAUAUGAUCAAGCGACGGCUAUCGAGCCAAUCAAAUUCGUCAAUAAAUUUCGAAAUCAGAGACAAAUCGAGUGCAGCAAAUAGUGAAAAUAUCGGCAACAGUUCACUGUCACUACGAUUAAAUUCGAAUGGUGAAAAGAAAAUGACAUCGUUCGAACAAUUGGCCCGAUACAAGGGCAGUACAUCCGAUGAAAAAUUAAACGAUGAAAUCGAUAAAUACUCGCCGGACGAUGAAGAAAACUAUUCGUAUUCGUAUUAUAAAUACAAAUCGGCUGAGUCAAGACAACGCAAAAGUCCGACAACAUCGGUGGAAAGUAGCAAGAGAUUCGUCAGCGAAAGUAAUGUGCAGUAUGAAUCAAUAUCGAUGCGUCAAUCGUCCAGAGAGAUUGAAUAUCAACCGUUGAACAAACGUCGUCCGAACAGCAGUGGUAACGAAACUAGUCUAUUCCAAUACGAAACAUUUUCGGUGGCACCGGCAGCCAAUUCCACGGCUAUACCACCAUCAUCCAAUACCACCAUCGCAUCAUCACACAAAACCACAUCGAUCAAAGAAUACAAGCGAUUCUAUGGUACCAGCAACGAAGACACAUGUGAUGAAGAGCUUAAAAAAUCAUCUGACGAAUCGCACACAUCUAGUCCAAAUAGUAAAUCCGUUUUAAAUUCGCCAGACACAAUUCCAUUGUUACAGUCGUCGCCACCAUCAUACAUUCCAAAGUUAAAGCUAAAAUCACCGGUGUCAUCGACGAUGCACUCUGUUUACAGCGAUAUUGGAUCACCGCAACUAGAAUCACCGGUUAAACCGUCACGCAUCCCCGUUAUGCAUCUGAAUGAACGGAAAAAUAGCAACACAAAAAUUAUGACAUCACCAACGACACACGUGUCGUCCAAUUCAAGCGAACUCAACCGUGUAUUGCCACCAAUUGAAACAGUUAGCAGCAGCAGUAGCAGUAACAAUAGUUUGAGCAGUCGAAAAUUGCAAAAAACACCAACGUCACCAAAUGGACAACCAACCAUUGGGUUUGCCAUCGCUAAUCGACCCAUGAAAUUACAAUCGAAAAAUGGCACUACACUCGCUGACUCGAAUACCAUUCGUAUCAAAGUCAAUCAAAAUGAUAAACAAUAAACACGGCAAACACAAAUCAGUCAAUUCUUUUCUCGGAUUUCUCCAAUUCACAACUAUUUCGUACAUGUGUCUGAGUGUGUGUGUGUGUGUUUUAGUAAGAAUGUUCUGAAAUACUCAUAAACGCUCUCGACGCUCCUAUCUUUCGAUCAACACAAUGAAUCGCAUCUAUCGAACAGAAUGGAAUCUUCGACAAGGCUCGAAUUUAUUUGUAUAUUUUUUUUCUCGUUGAACUUAGUUCAAGCAUAUUUUGAGACUUCUAUUUUUGAACAUGCAUUUUGAUGUGUUUGCAUUUUGAAAUGCACUUGAAACAGAGAAAUACCUCUAACUGAACUGUAGACGGUAGCAAAAUGAAAAAGAGUUCAUUCACGAAUUUGGGUUGCAUCGAAAGUUAUCAUUAUUAGCAACGAAUCAAACGCUUGUCUCGAAUUUUAUUUUUUUUAUGAUCCUGAGAAAGAGAGAGAGAGAGAGAGAGAGAGAGAGAGAGAGAAAGAGAGAGAAAAAUCUUAAAUAAAUCGACAUCAGACGAUAAAUAUAUAUUUUUUCCCUCAUGCAUUUUUGUUAUACAAUUACAGUCAAGUGACACUUUCUGAUCGCCUCCGAUCAUAAUCCCACAAAACAGUCACAUCAGCCUUAAAUCAUUAUCUUUACUAUGGAAUAGUCACUUGUAGAAAUGAUCAAAAUGUUUGAAGCGUAUUGAAUACACUGAACUAUAUAUCUAUGUAUAGUAAUUGCUGUGGUAAUCAGUUACUGUCCCAGUUCACAUUAUGAAAUUGCAAAAGAUUCAUAUUUAUUGAAUAAAUGCAUUUAGUUAAUUCAAUCCUUCUUUUUGUCUUUGGCCCAGAGGCUUAGACUAUGAAGAUUCUCUUCGUGCUCCCACGCCGUUCUGUGGUUGAAACCGAUGGUCAGUUCGACAUACUUUCAUUUAAUACAUGUGAAUUGUAAUUAGUUAAAUUGGAUUCGUUUCGGUUGCCGUCAAAAAACAAAAAGAGGUCGCGUUGAUGAUGAAAAACCAAUAUAGAUAAGAAUUUUUUUCUGGGCAGUUUCAUUUUCAACUCUUUUCACACCCUCAAAGUGCUGGAUAAAAACCGCAACAAAUUACAAAGAAAAUAGCACUUGAGGAAAAUAAAAUCUUAAAUUAUGGCUAUCGAACGAAAGAAGCAAAAAAGUUUCCAAAAAAAGGAUGAAAAAGAUAUUAUUUUCAAAAUAAAAUGGAACGAAUGUUGCGUCGACUUGUCAAUGUAAAUAAAUUUGAUGUAGAAAUUCAAGAACAAAAAUUGGUGUUAAAGCAACAAUUCUUCCAACACUAAGAACAACAAACUUAUGGCUUAAGAUAGUUGAAUUCACUAAACAAGAAAAAUUAACUGACUAAGAAAAAUCUGAUACGAAUCUCAUUUCGUUUUAAAGCGGAAGAAAAAAAAACUAUGUUGUUGUACAUGUGGAUCCGAAUUGCUGAAAUUAGUUGUAGUCGCUGUGUAUUCUAUUGAUGAAGAAAAAGAAGAAGAGGGGAAAACCUCAAGAAAAUGCUUAAAAAAUAAAAUUCAAAAAUUCUAUCUAAAA